AUGUCCCAAUUAUGACUUUUUUCUGCCCAAACUGGGAAUAUCAGACAAAUGAUGAUAAUGAAUGAAAAUAUGAGCCACCUAGACAUAAAUUGCUCCACAGAAAUAGACCAAACAGCAUUAAUGCUGGCAUCUGCUAGAGGGUUUUUAGAAAUUGUUAAAUUUCUUACAUAAAUAAAAUGGCAUUCGGUUCGAGAGAAAUUAUCUUUGCUAAUUUUCUCUCCCUCAUGGAAUUUUAUUUAUGGGGUUGGGUUUUUCUUUCGAGAACUUCUGCGCAGCAACAGCCGUUUAACUCUGGAGAUAACCAGAGGAACGACUCCUCAGCGCACUCAAGACCUCGGAGGUUUUACCCCUCAGCACAUCCCCACAGGAGGAUGACCCUUAGGCGGAACACGUGCAGGAGCUGAAUUGAGACAAGGCAACGGCAACGCGCCGGGUGAGACGUGCGGCGAAGACUGGUGCCGAAGCAGUUGAUAGAAGGCUUGGGCCUGGCUGACCCAGGUUAAUCCAAGAUGGCUCGGUGACGUCACUAGUUUAGCUAUAAGCCCUUUUUAGGGCUGCGGCACUAGACACCUUAAACACCAGAUAAGUAAGUAAGUAAAAUUUCUUACUCCCCCGCUCCGUGAGUGAACAAAACCAUUAGAAAAAUCCUUAUUUUUUGCCCAAAAACCCACCCUCCGUGAGUGAACAAAAAUUUUCUUAAUAGAAAAAUUUUUUAUGGAAAAAAAUUUCUGAUAUAUAAGUGAUAAUUAGUAUAAUGAAAUCUCGAGCUAAAUCUGUUUUAAUUUUAAACAAAUUGCGUUUUAAAGCAUAAAUUAUACAAAUUAAAUUAAUAUUUGCUUCCCAAUUUUGAUAGAAGUGAGAUUUUUUUAAAUUUCGAGAAAAAAAAAAUUAUAAAAAAAAUUAUAAAAAAUUUUUAUAUAAAUUUUUUUAAAAAAAAAAAUUAACCACCCUCCGUGAAUGAACAAAAUUUUUUUGUUCACUCACGGAGGGGCGGAGUUAUAGAAAUUAAAGCAGACAUCCAUCAUGAAGAUAGAUAUAGAGAAAAUGCGCUAAGUUUGGCUGUGUGAAAUAGCCAUAGAGAUAUAGCAGUUUUACUUUACAAAUUAGGCAGUAGAAUUCACGAGGAUAUUUGAGAACAAAUGGGGGAAAAAGAAACAAAAUUGUAUGAAGAAAUUCCUCGAUUAAUCCAGUGGGAAAAAUUGAGAAAAUUUUUAAUAUUUUCAUUAUCCACAAGAAAUAGCUUUAAACUAAUUUAA